CGUGUGUCAAUCAUCCAGUAAAGUGGGCGGGUCUAGUGGAAAAUGGCGACCUUAUCUGUCGGAGAACCUCAAGAGAUGGAAGUUGACAGGAGGGGUGAAUCUGAGGAAUCUGGUGAUGAUGAAACCAAAAGAAAGAGCCUCAAUGGAGAGGUUGAAUCUCUACAAGCUCCUUCCACUGUACCAGAGGAGUCACCGGUUGACAUGGACACCAUAACCUUAGACCCAGAUGAGGAGGAUGUGGAUCUAGUCCACUGUAGAAUUGGGAAGAUCGAAGGUCUAGAGGUCCUUAAGAAAGUAAAGACAAUUUCUCUCAGACAAAACCUCAUCAAACAGAUUGAGAACUUGGGAAGCCUUGUCUCAUUGAGGGAACUUGACCUUUAUGACAACCAGAUUCGCAAACUUGAAAAUCUCCAGGCGCUAACAGAGCUUGAGCAGCUAGAUGUAUCGUUCAACAUAUUGAGAAAGAUUGAGGGAUUGGAGUGUCUUACAAAACUGAAGAAGCUCUUCCUGCUUCAUAAUAAGAUCACAAGCAUUGCCAACCUUGAUCAACUAACCAUCCUUGAGAUGCUCGAGCUGGGCUCUAAUCGUAUCAGGGUUAUUGAGAAUCUGGAUUCUCUUGCUUCUUUGGAAAGUUUGUUUCUUGGUACAAAUAAAAUCACUCGGUUACAGAACCUUGAUGGACUGCACAAUCUGACGGUUCUCAGUAUCCAGAGUAAUCGAAUCACAAAGUUGGAGGGACUCCAGAAUCUUGGGAACCUGCGAGAGCUUUACUUGAGUCAUAAUGGCAUUGAAGUCAUAGAAGGCCUGGAGAACAAUAAAAAGCUGACAACUUUAGAUAUUGCUGCAAACAGGAUAAAAAAGAUUGAAAAUAUUAGGCACUUGACUGAUUUAAAAGAAUUCUGGAUGAAUGACAACCAGAUUGAAAACUGGGCUGACUUGGAUGAACUUAAGAAUGCCAAAGAUCUGGAGACUGUCUAUCUGGAGAGAAACCCCCUGCAGAAGGAUCCUCAAUACAGACGCAAGAUCAUGCUGGCACUGCCCAGUGUCAGGCAGAUUGAUGCAACCUUUAUCCGUUUCUGACCGUUCACUUCACCUGCACCACACCAUUGUUCCCUCCCUCACCCUGCCGCUAUAUGCAGAUUAUAAACACAUCUCCAGCACUAUCUUUACAUCAUCGACAUCAACACUCUCUGCCCUGUUUUGUCUUUUAUUUGCUUUUUAACAAAAAAAUAAGAAAAACUCACACUCCCAGUGUUGCCAUUCAAUGUGCUGGCACCUUUUAUUUACACACAGAGAAAUAAUAUACCUAUACCCUGACGUAUGCUAUAGUGUGAAUGAAUGUUAAUUUAUUUUCAAUUUAGGACUGAAGCAGAAAACGAGUGAUAGGAAAGAAGCUGACUUCUGCGGUUUGGGAAUGGUUUAAUAGUGACCGUUGCUGCAUUAUGGUUAGGAAAUUAUUGUAUUGUAACUAUCUUUCUUGCUUCAUCAUAGCAGCGUCUUAUAUAAACAAAAGAGGCAUGUAUAAUAUUAGAGAUCACCAUACAGCUUACCCUGUAUGAUUGACAUCAGUUGUAAAUUCUUGUUGACUAUAUGGGGUGGUAAAAGAUCAGUGUUCAUUGUGCAUUCAGGUACUGAAGAUGACUCUAGAAUGAUUUCUCUGACACCUGAUCUAGCACUGAACAAUACAGGGACUGCUCACUAGAGCAAUAUGUAGGCUAUGCUGCAAUGGAUUAAACCUGCAUAUCAGUUCUGUUUCUCAUUUAUCUGGUUGCAGCACUAUGCUGAAACACUGUUGAAUAGAUUAAAAGCUCUUUUAAACUUAAUUUAAGUUUUGGAGUUCACAACUUGUUUUUUAUGUGAUGACACUUGUUCACUCUUCAUUAAUACUAUAUGUUAGCAGCCUCACUUAUGAAAAAAAAAGUUAUUCCACAACAUCUUAAGUUGUAAUGAAUGCAAUUUUAGACCAAGUCUUAAAGGGAUAGUUCACCCAAAAAUGAAAAAUCUAUAAUUAUUUGCUCGCCCUCAUGUGGUUUUAAACUGAAAUGAGUUUCUUUAAUCUGUUGAACAUAAAAUAUUUUGAUAAAUUAUGGAAACCAUUGACUUCCAUAGUUGGAAAAAAUACUGUGUGCUUAUAUAAUUUAUCAAAAUGUUUUCUUUUGUGUUUAACAGAAUAGGAAACUUACACAGGCUAAGAACUACAUGCGGGUGAAUAAUUUUUUUUUUCAUUUUUAUGUGAACUCUUUAAUAUCUACAUUUGUAUUUUUGUUUUUAUUUUUUUAUAUGUGACGUUUCUGAAACAUUAUUUAAAAUGCACUCAAAUAUUCACACAGCUAGAAGUUUUUUCAACUGUGUUGUGACUGUCAGGUAGGCCAUUCAUACUUGAUUGGAGGUGUGUGUGUGUGUAAGGGGUCUCAUUUAAAGGGAUAAGCGGUCCCUUUAAAUGUGUCAAGGAUGAGAGCAUAGAUUUUUUUUAUUAGCUUACAUUUUGGUUUUACAAGCAAGUUUGUUUGACUGUUUCUGAAUUGAAUGUACUAUAAAUAAUAAACUGAAUUUGAACAA